ACACUACUGAACUGGUUAAACAGGAGAUAGUACGCAGUGUGUCUCUGUGUCCUCAGGGACCCCACACUCUCCUCCUGGUCAUACAGCUGGAUGCCUCAUUGACAAAGAAAGAGAGAUCAGUUGUGGGACACCUGCAGCUUCUCAGUGAGAGAGUCUGGAGUCACAGUCUAUAGUGCUGUUCACUCAUGGGGACCGUCUGGGAGACACAACCAUUGAGCAGCACAUUGAGAGAGAAGGGAAGGCCCUCCAGUGGCUUGUUGAGAAAUGUGGGAACAGGUAUCAUGUCCUCAACUAUAAGAACAAAGUUGAUAGCACUCAGGUCCCUGAGCUGCUGAACAAGAUAGAUGAGAUGGUGGCAGCAAACAGUGGAGAUGUGUUUUACCCUGAGAUGGAUGACAGUAAAGAAAUGAACUGGAGUUCAGAAGAGUGUCAGACAUCACCACUGCCACAGGCUCCAGUGCCCCCAUGCGGGUGUGUUCCAAUGCAGGUUGACAGGUCUGGCCUUUCAGAUGGAGGGAGAGGGGGAGGUGCUCUACAGAACUGUCCAAUGGGAUGAAGGUCUGCUGCUCUCCAUAGGCCAGACCCCUGCAGGACCCCUGUUCAACAUCAGCUGUCCUCAGGGCUCUGUCUGUCAGCUGCACCUCCCACACUGUGAGAUUCUCUCUGGAGAGGGUCUUGACUCCUUGUCUGUGGCUCAUGUCAGUGGUGAUAAUGUGGAGCUUUUGCCUCCCCUGAGGGUGACUGACACACAUGUGGUGGUGAACAUCACAGACCUGUCCCUGUGGGGUCUGGUGAGAUGGUACAUACCCUUCCUCACCACCAGGGGGCAGGUGCUGCCCUUCCUCCAACCACUUGGCCCCCAGCGCUCUGUUCUCAACCUGGUUGUUCUACCACACAACGUUCCACUCCAAGAGGUGGAGAGGAUGCAGAGAUUGAGCUCCUAUAUAGCUGUGUGUUCAGACUGCACACUCUCUCGUGGAGAAGUCUACAGUCUCUGCUGUGAUAUGGUGGAGGGAGAUAUGAUCCAACCUAAGCGUGUUCAGGUCUACUGGAACUACGGUCCAAACUACCACCCCACCUUCCAGGUGUUUCUGAGCGCCGACACAGAGCAGGUGGGGCUGAGGCUUCUGGAGAGAGGGGGAGAAGGAGAGGAGGUGUGGGCAGCAAGUGUUCCACUAACAGGUUCCUCAUCGAUGGGAGGCAGGCAGACUGAGCAUGCUCAGAAGGGCUCUGCAGAGGAGCAGCUGCGCUCUGCAAGACUGGCGUUUGUGGAGCGAGUGACGAUGCCUGUCCUGAAUGAUCUGCUGGAUGGACUUCUGCAGGAGAGGGUGAUCAACGAUGCUGAGAUGGAGGCAGUGAAGGUGGAGACAGUGAGGAAGACCAGAACACGGGUCACCAUCGACAUGGUCCUGAGGAAAGGAUCUCCCUCAUGUUAUGUGAUUAAAUCUAUUUUGGCUAAAUAUGACCCUGCCUUAUACAUAACACUUGGCUUCCAAUAAAACAUGCUGAGAACAGUGUCGGACCUAGGAUGUGUUUCAGCCUGGUAGUGAAUAUAUUGGAUGUGUAAAUAAAUGUAACAUUUAAAUACAGAUCAAUUAAAUAUGAAUUAGCAGUAUACUUACAAAUAAUAUGAUCUACAUUGGAGCUAUAUUGUUUGGAUUAUUCAUAAAACAUAUAAAAUACUCUUUAAAAACUAUUACUGUUUUAUGCUAGGGUACAUACAAAUAGACUCAAUCAAAUGCUUUC